UUCUCCUCUUCCUCCUGGGCGCGAGGGGAUAACAAUCCCCGUCCUCCUCCUCCUGCAGUCUGCAGUUGGAUUUCCGAAGGCGACGUGCAGACCCCCGAGCUAGAAGGAACGGGAGCGUGGCCCUCCACCCCCGGGGAAGGCGUCCAGCAGCGUGGCAAGGGUCUCGCGGUCCCCGCGGUCCAGAGCGUGGACAAGCGCCGAGGCACCCGCGUGAUCUCGGACUGAAGGGUCUGCGCCGUGGGCAAGGAGCAGCGAGGCCACGGCGGCGCCCCCACCCCCGGCGCAAGCGUGCAUGAGCGCUGUGCGCCCUAGGCGGUCUGCGAUGUUGGGGUCGGCGCCUUGCUCCAGGAGGGUCCCCAAGCCUGGGCUCCGGCUGACUCUCUCCCCCUCCCUGCUUCUCCUCCUCGCUUCAAGUGGGCGGACCUACCUCCUCAGCUUCUUCUAGAUUGGCCGGGAGAACUCACCAAUGGGGAGCUCUGGGAGGCGGACCUAGAACGCCACCAGCGGGAGGAAGACGAGCAAAUUUCAAGUUGGCUGCGGCGUGGGCUCCGUGUGGGGGAGGGGCAGCAGGUUUUUCUCAUUGGAUCUCUGAAUACCCAGGCCCCCUCCACCAUGGCCAGCCGGGGUGGGGGCCAGGGUCGUGGCCGGGGCCAGUUGACCUUCAACAUGGAGGCUGUGGGCAUUGGGAAGGGGGAUGCCUUGCCCCCACCUACCCUGCAGCCGUCUCCACUCUUCCCUCCAUUGGAAUUCCGCCCAGUGCCUCUGUCCUCAGGAGAAGAAGGGGAAUAUGUCCUGGCACUGAAGCAGGAGCUACGAGGGGCCAUGAGGCAGCUCCCCUACUUUAUCCGGCCAGCUGUCCCCAAGAGAGAUGUGGAACGUUACUCAGACAAAUAUCAGAUGUCAGGGCCGAUUGACAGUGCCAUCGAUUGGAACCCUGAUUGGCGACGUCUACCCCGGGAGCUAAAGAUCCGAGUGCGGAAGCUACAGAAGGAGCGGACCACCAUUCUACUCCCUAAAAGGCCCCCUAAGACCACAGAAGAUAAGGAGGAAACAAUACAGAAACUAGAGACCCUGGAGAAGAAAGAGGAAGAAGUGACUUCAGAAGAAGAUGAAGAGAAAGAAGAAGAAGAAGAGAAGGAAGAGGAAGAGGAGGAGGAGUAUGAUGAAGAAGAACAUGAAGAGGAAACUGAUUACAUCAUGUCAUAUUUUGACAAUGGAGAGGAUUUUGGGGGUGACAGUGAUGACAAUAUGGAUGAGGCUAUAUACUGAAGAAGGACCCUAAACAACACCUUGGACCUCCAUAUCUUUCUUUCUUUCUUUCUUUUCAGGAUGAGUGUCUCUAAGUGCCACCAAAGAGGCUCUCGACUUUUUAUUUUUUUAUUUUUUAGGAAGAUUGGCCCUGAGCUUAACAUCUCUUGCCAAUCUUCCUCUUUUUUUUUUUUUUUGUUUCCCUUUUUUCUCCCCUUUUUUAUCCCCAGUACAUAGUUGUAUAUCCUAGUUGUAGGUCCUUCUAGCUCUUCUGUGUGGGACGCUGCCUCAGCAUGGCUUGAUGAGCGGUGCGUAGGUCUGCGCACAGGAUCUGAACUGGUGAACCCCAGGCUGCCGAAGCGGAGUGUGCAAACUUAACUGCUACACCACCAGGCCGGCCCUCCAUAUCUCUCUUGAUUUAGGAUACAGAGAGUAACUGUUCCUAUUAUUUGGUUUUGUGGACAAACAAAUCCUUUGCUCAGAGUCCAGAUAAUCUGUUUGGUCCCUGGAGAUAGGAAUGGAGAAUGACGACAGAUAGCUCUCUUUUCUACCCUUCCCCUCCAUCUACCCUUGUAUCACCUCUGAUAUCUUGGGAAAAGGGAAAAGGACCAAUGUCUUAAUUGUAUGAAAAGGAGAAAGGAGGGUCAAAAGAAGAACUGGAGUUGUUAGAGCUGAGACAGCGCACACAUACCCCUACCCAUUUUUUAUAGUUCUUUGUGGAGAUAAUUGGGAGUAGGAGCAGGUAGAAGGAAUAAAGCCAGUUUUAUAUUUUUAAAUAAAAUGUUUUUAUCUGUC